GAAGACACAUCAGCAUUGUUUUAUCUCUACUCAUAUAACCGCCAAUAUGAGAAGACCAAUAGCAGCCUCAAAUCGGAAGGUCUUGAUGUACGUGUACACUGCUGCUGCAGUGACAAUUACCAUCGGCGGUUCGUUGUAUGGAGCAGAGCUAGCGACAAAGCAAGAGAAGAAAAAGUUAACUCAGAGAGACUACGAAGCUACGUUUGAGGAGAAAAUUGAAGCACUGCAGACUGCACGGGGAAUUCUAGUGUCGAAGAAGGCCACUGUCGAAAAGCAAUUACAUGAACUUGAGGAAAGAAUUGAGGAAAGGGCGAGGAAGGGUAUGCCCUCGACAUCGAAUGAAUCAUCGCGAGAACAGACGCCAAAAUGAAAAGCAUGGACUUAUCGUCAAGACUGGACGAAAUUUGGGAAAUAUCUAAGCAAUGCUAGAAAGGCUCUUGCGGCCUUACGGCGGAACAGUCGGAAUUUUACCUCUCUACGACAGGCUAUCUCGAGGGCACUCAUCAGGCACCUGACGUCACCGAGACCAGACGGAUUCAGCGAAUAAACAAGAUCAUCAAUUUGAGUGUGGAUCGCAGCUGUAUCCCACCCGUAGCGAAAGCACUACAUCGCUCGAAGCAGUACCGGGACUGCUCACAUUGAAACCCAGGGAUAUAUAUCGGCACCGCUUACAGCUUCCCGAUCUGCGCACAGGCUGACUCCAGCUGGAAUCCCAUGCAGGAUCAAACCAGACAGUAUAUUCACAAUCUAUCUCUGUCUAAAUAAUAUGCCUCUGUACACAAUACGGAAGAAUAAGGUUUCUCCCAAAACCAGAAGACGCUGCAAGAACAAAAAGGAAACAAAAUGAAGUUACAUAUGUGUUUUCCAACCCGUGUGAAAAUUCAGAGAUAUUGCCUUCCAUCCAUUAUACCCAACCAUCUA